AUGGACAAGGAGCUGGAAGUGGAAAGUGAUAGAGCGGGAGCCCCGGAAGAACGGGAAAUGAUUCCGGAGAAACAAGAAGAAGCCAGUCAAGAAAGUCCACUAAUACAGGGUUUGUCCAGCCAUGUGACUCCGUUGGUCCCAGAAUUCUUGGACCCAGCACAUAUCCAGGAGGCGGCCUUGGCCCAUGAGGACAACAAUAUACAAUACUUGCCUGCAGUAGAGCCCAAAGGUCCACAGCCCAAGGACAUAUUCCCACCUGAACGGGGCAGUAACAUCUCCAAUUUCUCAGCAAAAACCAUACAGCCCAAGCAGGCUGACAUCCCCAGUUUUUCAGCAGCAACAAUGCCACCCAAGCAGGCUGAUACCCCCAACUCCCCAGAAAAAAUUAUCCCGCUCAAGCAGACGGACAUCUUCAAUUCCUCAGCAAAACCCAUAUCACCCAAACAUGUUGAAACUUCCAGUUUCUUAGCAAAAAUCACCCCUCCCAAGCAGGGCGAUAUACUUAAUUCCCCAACUAAAACCACUCCAUACAAACAGACUGAUAGCCUCAAUUCCCCAGCAAAAACCAUCCCACUCAAGAGGUCUGACACCCCCAAUUUUUCAGCAAAAAUCAUCCCACCCAAGCAGGCCGACACCCUCCAUUCUUCAGAAAAAAAUGUCCCACCCAAGCAAGAUGACCUCCACAAUUCCUCAGAAAAAAUCAUCCUGCCAAAGGAGGAUGGCGUGUCUACUUCUUCAGAACAACACAUCCUACCCAAGAAGGGUGACACCAAUUCCCCAGCAAAAUCCAUCCUGCCUAAGCAGGCCAGUAGCCACAAGUUCUUAGCAAAAUCCAUUCUGCCCAAAGGGGCCAACGCCCCCAAGUUGUCAGCAAGAACUUCCCAGUCUAAGCAGGUCAACAGCCCCAAGGUCUUAGCAAAAUCCAUCCUGUCCAAGCACAGCCACACUUCCAAGUCCUCAGAUGAAAGCAUCCUGCUUAGGGAUAGUGACACCAAGUCAUCAGAAGAUACCAUCCACCCCAAGGAGGGAGACAUCCUCAUGUCCUUAGAGGAAAGCAUCCUGCCCAGACAGGUUGACAUCAAGUCCUCAGAAAACACCAUCCACCCCAAGGAGGGUGACCUCCUCAAGUCCUCAAAAGAAACCAUCCUGUCCAAGGAGGAUGACAUUCCCAAGUCCUCACAAGAAGCCAUCCAGCCCACAGAAGGCAAUGUCUUGGAGCUGUCACAGACAAUGGAACUCCUGGAGGUGGAUUUGGUGAAAGCGAUCCUGAGCAAGGAGGAAUUUGAGUUGGCACUCAAGGAGGCCGGGGAGAGACUGGUAGCCGUGGACUUCUCAGCCACCUGGUGUGGGCCUUGCAGGACCAUCAAGCCCCUUUUCCGGUCCCUGUCCUUGAAGUAUGAGGAUGUGGUGUUCCUGGAAGUGGACGCUGAUGAAUGUGAGGAGCUGCUGAGGGACCUGGAGAUCAUUUGCAUCCCAACCUUCCAGUUUUAUAAAAACGAAGAAAAGGUGGGAGAAUUUUGUGGUGCUGUUAAGGAAAAACUCGAAGCAAUCAUUGCAGAAUUAAAGUAA